AUGGGCGUUUUAAAACAUGCGGUGGAUUUUGCUUCAGAUGCUGCCGGCUUAGAAAAAACCCUAAGAUUGAUACAAGCUUUGUGUCAGAUAUGUGCAUUUUAUCCGACGGUUUUGGGGUGGAUUUUGUUGGGAUUGGGGAUUGGGAUUGGGAGAAGGGGGGCUGUGGGGGAGGGGGAGUGGGGUAUGGAUGGGAAGGUAAGGGUGCUGAUUGUGGAGAAGUUGUGGAAGGCGAGGAGGGAACUUGCGGUUGGACGUCGCUAUAUGCGUUUCUUCCGCUUCAUCAAGAAUUUCUCAAAAGCAUGGGAUAGUUUGUUAAAUGAAGAUGGAAUGAGAAUGUUGAUUAAUGUGGGUAAAUCGGGGUUUAUGGGUGCUUAUUUGGGAUUGGAAAGUCUCACCAUUUUAGAUAUCAUGGGUGUAUGCAAUACCCCUUGGUCCUCAACAUGUACCCUAGAAGGCAACAAAUUUUGGUUCUAUUCGCUUUGUAUAUCGAUAUUCGGAGGGCUAUGGGAUCUUUACCAUCUAAUUAUCAAUAACGACUCGACACCAGAGCCGAACCUGACGAAUAGUCCACAUGAUUCAGUACUACCAGCAAAACCAGUCGAAGACGCGCACAUUGCCGUAGAGCCACCAGAGAAGAAUAAGAAAAAGGGGAAAUCCAAGAGUGAAAUAUUUCUCAAAAUUGUUGAGAAUGCAGCCGAUCUUUUUCAACCUGGAGCGGGAACGGGGUGGAUUGUCAGUGAUAGGGGUAUUGUAGGUGGGAUGACUGUUAUUAGUACAUUGCUUAGCUCGAGGGAUAUUUGGAAGAGAGUUGACGAUCAAGAAGGGAAGAAGGAAACGGUAAAUGGAGAAGAAUCAGAGCGGAGGCAAUAA